AUGGCGAGAUCAAUCACCCUGAUAUUCACCCAACUUCUUCCUCGCCUUCUGGAUGCCUUAGAUGACAAAGACAUGCAGCCUGACGGCCAUAUUCAAGGCAUUAAGGCUAGUGGUGUCCAUUUCACCCUGACAACAACCUGGAACUUUCCACCUCGCAGAAACGCCCCGUUGCCUCGCGAGGCAAUCGGUUACGCCAUCAACCACGUCUUUCUCCCCCCAUGCCUCCCCAGCAGCGAUGACUGCGAUCGCAAGCUCGAUUCAACCCUCCUGCAAACGGUCAGGGACAGUCUCCUUGCUUUCAAGGAGCAAGUUGGGGAUGACCUGCGGGGAAAUGUUGACUCGGCCCUUGCCAUGAUCACCAAUCUAGGGCAUGUCCAUUUGUCGUUUGGAUUCCGCAGUUCCGUCAGCGAAGAGGGCCUCCGAGAUGCCCUGAAUGGUCUCCAUGACAAUGGUGGAACUAUUCCCCUUCAUAUACGUGCACAGAAUGCGGGCGUCUUGAUCAGCAAGAUGAGCCAUCAGCUUGCCGUGGACACACAACCUAAGGCGAGGAAGGCCGGCCACGAUCACCGCGAGGAACGGGACACAACCCAUCCAAUGCUGAUCACCGAACUCUUCAUGGGUUUCCUAGGCGCCGUCGGAAAACCGGCCAAGGUUCUUCAGAUCUGGAAGAAUACUCGAGAGGAGUUGCUCAUCCGUGUCGCCCUGCAGCUCAUCUUCACGCGAGCGGGAGUCACGGCAGAAUCCCAAGCGAACCUCUAUAAGCCGUUCAUGGCCUUCGUCAUGGCCCGCAUCCUGAAUUUAGCGGCGCAGCCUCAGAAUACCGUUCCUAGUCGUCUUCUAUACGUGAUGAACGCCAAACUUGCUCGACGGCUGCUGAAGCUUGAUUCAUCGAAUGACAUCCCCGGCCUCGAAUUCGUCCAAAGGGUCAUGUCAGACACGCACGAGGCCAUUGACAGAGCAUGGUCAAGCACCAUGAAGAAGAACACACCUGACUUUGACGAGUUACGCCAUCUUGAGCACAUGGACUUUGGUCAGAAUGUCACUGCCGCACUUCCCCAACUGGACGAGUGCAUCGUGUCGAUGGCCAAGCGGGAGAUGGUAACCACCCCCGUCAACUUCCAGCCAACAUCGGCUCUCGUCAAAUGGCCACCCGGCGAAUUCCCACUCGUGGGUUCGAAUUUGGCGGAUGGGGAAUAUGGUGCAUUCAACCUCGCGGCAUUUGAGGCCUGGGUUGCUUCUAACCUUACCCAAUGGCUGCAAGCUCACAAGGGCGAUCAUCACACAUGCGACAAGCUCGGCGAGGCGAUUAAGCGGUACCACAGCGCCGCAUGCCCCUCCUAUUUGGACAACCCCGAGGCUACGUCCGCGAUGCUCCUCACCAUCCUGGAGCUUUGGAUUGCCUGCGACGAGUCGGCCGUCCAUAUCCACCCGUUGCUACGCAACUACGACCCAGAAGUUCCGCUGCAUUUCCUUCAGUCCUUCGUGUUGCCCUUCAAGAGCCAGAUGGAGAGACUGCGCCGUGUCGAGGAGUACCUUGACAAUCGCUCACAUCAUGUCAAGUUUCCAGGCCUAGGCGUGUUUCUAGAGUUCGGACACCCAGCGUCGUUUCCCGUGAGGUUCGUCAGCCAGUCCUGGGAGCACGAAUCCUUGCUCGAGGAGAUCAUAUCCCGGGCCCAUCAGCAGAGAGAAAUGAAACGCAACGAGCUGCACACCAAGAAGCAGCUGUAUGACACGUGGAUGCAGCUUUAUGACCAGUCCAAGUGCGGCUGCACCCUUCCACGCACUAGCAGGCAACGGCGGAAGCGUGUCUGCGAGAGGUGCGACCAUAAGGACCAAGCCGAAUCCCUGAAUAUUGAUGUUCAUGAAUGGCCGCUUCCGAGUGAUUGCAUCGAGGCAAAGGCCAUUGUAUUCGAGCUCAGGGUGCCUCCUGUCUUUGGCCGGUGGCGUGACACGGCCAUAUACUUGCUGCUCGAUGUCCUCAGGUUCGAGUACAAGUCUCCAGCGUCUCCAAAAGUACUCUAUCACCUCGGGAAGUGUCCUGGGUUUGGGCCCUUCUUCACGCCAUUCGGCCCGGCACAGCGUAUUGGCCUACUGUCCGAGAUCAAGCCCCACGUCGGCACCCACCGCCGGACCACGUCCGUCGCGACCGCUACUGAAGCCGAUUAUUAUGACGACAGCACGAGAAACUUCAGCAGGAAUCUCUGUCUCACCAAUAAGAUCCCAAGGGCCUGUACCUCCAAGCUACCAAGGAGGUCAUCAUCGCUCCAGCACUUCCUCUUCCGGCCAGCCGCGAUGCCCGGUGGCCUGCCACCCAACACCGUCAUAGCGAGUCAGUCCGAGUGUCCUGAUCACAUGUCACUGGAAAAGUACAAGGCAUUGAGCAGCAUCCCCCUUGGUCACCGAAUUCAGUGGCAGAAUAUAUUGUUGCAGCUCUCCACGUCGACUGUGGACCUUACGAGCCCAGAGACAGGGCCAGUCAUCCUCCAGGCCAUCCAUCAAGCCGGUCCUUGCCGAGACGGCAAUGUUCUUAGAGAGGGUCAUGUCAUAGCCAGCGACGAGACCUUUGCACUGACUCUACUGCACAGCAUCGGCGAGGGUGUGCAGAGGAUCAAGGAGAACUGGGACUCAUCCCAAGCCCUCGGGACAUUCAUCUCGUUGGCAUUGCGGCUGCUAUCACUGGCCUCCUCUGACAACAAGGUCAAAUCCAUAUGCUUGGAUUGUCUUUCCAGCAUGCGAACCAUCGCCUUCGACUGGGUAAAUCUCAUUAGGGGAAAAGCGGACAUGGCCACCGAAGGCGAGACGAAGGCCGACAUGGAGGCCAAAGUAGUCGAGACUGCCCUGCUCUGCGUGGAUUCUUUCAACGUCGAUCAGGUACAUCUAGAUGCCAUUCUGGCCUCCCCUUCCGAUGCAUCGAUUCUCCUGCGAUGCCGCAUCCUCAUCCGUGAGGCGAGACGCAGCAUUUCGAAUGCGUCUGAUCAUGCGAUCGCACUUCGUCACCGGCGCCAGGAGUCACUAAGUCUGGCUCUUGACAAUGCCAUCGGACAGUCCUGGUUUGCCUAUCAUGCCGGAGGGCCCUGGAAACAGCUUUCGGAAGAGCAUGGGUAUUGGCUCGUCAGCACAACGGACACCCAAGGCAGCAGCAAGCCACUCCCGGUCCAUUUCAAUCUCCUAACCAGCGAAAUGCUCGUGAAUGGCCUGCCAUUGGACUCAUAUCGCACAUUGUUCGGCGAUGCUGUGCUCGAGGUCACGCCUAUUGCUGUCCCGGGCAUGCAAUUCUCUUGCAAGGAGGAGUAUUUCAGGCAUAGUCUCUACCUUGGCCCCUCAUCGGAAGACGAUCUCUUGGUUCAGGCUCUUCUGGGAGGUCGGACAUACGAGUUCAUUCCAAACCAUGUCUUGCGAAAUUUCGUUCACUGGUACGACUCAGCUGAUGACAGUCUUGAGUUCCGUCCCAAGGGGGAUCCUUGGACCUCCUCUCCAGACAACUGGAGAUUGACCAGAGCCGGUCCCGAGUGGCAGCUGGCCAAGGGCCGUGUUUCCUUGGUCAGCAUCAUGAGCAACGCUGCUAAAGCACUAUCUUCCGUAUUCGCUUGCCUCGAAGACCCCCUUGAGAUUCAUAUUGUGUUGCACCACUCUUCGUCCUCGGUCGAGAUCGAACUCCCUAGGAUCCAGUUGGGCUUCCACCUACGGCCGGGAACGUCCUCGAUCCAAUCCAGGCAGUUCCGUGGAAUGUCAGUCGACAAAGACCAGUCGCUUGGAACACUUGUCGGGCUUUGCAGCAAACUCAUCCUCAGGAACGAGCACAAUGACAGUCGUUUGGUCCUUGUGCCAGAAGGAUCGGUAUCAUGUACCAAAGUUGAUGAUCAUGUCCAUGUCACCAUCGACAAAGGCUCUGCCAAACGCCCUGCCAAACGCUCUGCCACCAUGGCCCACGCAUACCGGGUUGAUGAUCAACUUGGAAGGUUGAUUGACAACGGGACCUUACAGGGCAAGCUGUUUCUGUCUUACCUCCACGCCCUAACUGCCUUCUGCUUGCCUGAUCCGCUCAUUGGGAGGACGGGAACAGAGCAGGCACUUUCUAUUCUGGGCUCUGCUGCUGUCAGGUUAUUCGAUCAACUGAGCGCCAAUAACUCGAAAGUCCUCGCUAAUAUAGCGGGACUGACUCCGAGAAGGGUCUGCUACCCGAUCCACGAGCGUCUCAUGCAGACAGUCAAGUGGUCAGGCAAGCUCGAUGCCUUAUCCCAGCAUGGAGCAUUCCUGCAGAGCGUCGAGUGCAUAGUCAGUCAAGCUCGCCGAGCACAGAUAUUUCACCCGGAUUCCUCCAUCUACUUCCCAAAUCUAGAUCCUCGCACCGACCAGUACCUGUUGGAGCGCGACAACAUCAGGUCCUCUACCUUCCGUGUCUCGGGGUUUGGUGCCGAGGACCACUCAACUGCCGACGACGAGGUUUAUUUGGCCAGGGAUGGAGGACAAUACUCGAAGCGGGGACUCAGGGCGUUUGCCGCGUCUAGAAUGAUAUACGACGGGCAUACGGACCUUACCUAUCCGGUCCCUGCCAGGGCUGGCCAGCAUCUGUGGCACGUACUCUCCGAGGUGUCCCAGGGUUCCCAGGUUUUUGGUCCGGCCAAGCCCGUCCCUUUCGACCUGAAGUAUGAUGCCGGCCUGCUCCUGGACCCCAAUGAGUUGGUGUCAAAAUAUUGGAUUGACAUCCACCGGCAUCUCAGCCGAUCAACUCGGCCGUCGGACAGGUUUGGUCUUAUGAUCUGGCUCUCGACCAUGGCUUUUUCCAAGCAGGCGACCAUGCCCAUCGUCCAGACAAUAGCCUCAUUCUUCACGGUUCCCCGGAUGGCAGAGAUAGACAUCCCCGACCUCGGAUCCUCCCGCCUCGAUUUUGGCGCCGACUUCGACAAGGAGGGACUGCACAAUAUGCUCCAGCUUACGUUGGAGCCUCUGUCUUCUUGCCCCGAGGCGAGAUUGUCCCGUAAUUUCGGGGAACCCGCUGCAGUGUUCAACCAGCGCCGCGAUCGCCUCUAUUUCUCAAACCGGACUCGCUCCCUUGGCAGGUUCCUGGAUGGGUUAAAGGCACAGUGGCCCUGUUGGUCUCCUCAGAUUCCGGGUGGUUCUUUUGUCACCCCCGAACUGUCUGUGUAUAUCGAUUUGCGCAAGGCCAUAGCCAUAGCAGAUCCGCGGUUCAAGAUUUGGCUGACCAAUUCCUUCUUCCGCAACUAUCUCUACAAGAUUGGACAGGUGCUGUCGACCAUGUCAAUAAGGUUGUUGGAGGAUCCGCCAUCCCCAUUUCCAAUGCCCAACUGGGCCCUCGAACGUCGCAGUGGAUUCAUCCGCAUCGACGACGUCCUCGCCUGUCCAGCCCCUGCCAUGCCGCCCCGUGGCGAAUGGGCCUUGUCCCUGGCUGUCACGUCUGCUCCUGCGUCAACGAAUUCGACCUCCCGCCUAGCUGCGCUGGUCACCCGCCUCGAGGCCCAAGCCGGCCCAGGGUAUGAGAUGGCCUACGUCGAGGACCUGCGAGCAAGCCUCCUCUCUUUGAGCGACAAGGGGGAGGAGGAUCAUAUGGUGUCGAGAGAGGUUAACAUCAAGAAUGUCCUGCUGGACUAUCUGCGCCACUGCAAGGAGCAUGUCCGCGAUACUUACUCAGCCAUCCUGGCGGCGGCAUCCACAACCGCCGGUGGACCCGGAGAUGCAUCGAAUGACGGGAGACAUGGGCACUCAGCGGCGGCAACUAAAAUCCAUCAAUACCCCAGACUGUCCCCAGUUCUAUUCCUCCAACAACUUUCUCGUCACCGGUGGCAGAAGAUCGCACACGACUGGAAGGAGUGCAUCGUCCAGUACACUCUUGCCCUUACAGAGCUCCAGCGGGCAGAGCGGCUCGCGACCGCAUUCGACAACGACGCAGACCUCCCGAAGGAACUACGCAACCCGGGUCAUACGAACUGGGACCCAUUCGAAUAUCCAGAGUCUCUGCUCCUCGAAGUCGAAAGCGGGAUCAUGAUCCGGGAGGCCCAGGAGCAAAUAGCCAGCCAAAUGCGGACCCCGGAUUCCGGCCAGAAUGCCGUCAUGCAGCUCAACAUGGGCGAGGGCAAGUCGUCCGUCAUCGUCCCCGCCGUGGCCGCAGCCCUCGCCGACGGAUCCCGCUUGGUCCGCGUCAUCGUGGCCAAGCCGCAGUCGAGGCAGAUGUUUCAGAUGCUGGUCUCCAAGCUGGGGGGUCUGCUGGACAGGCGCGACGCAGAUGCGAUCGAUGACAUCUGUCGAGAGUGCAUGGUCGACGGUGGGAUCAUGCUCAUCCAGCCUGAGCAUAUCUUGUCGUUUGAGCUGAUGGGACUCGGCUCGAUUAUAUCGGGUGAGAUGAGCGUUGGUUGCGCCCUGCUGCGCACACGCGAGUUUUUGAACGCGUCGUCGCGGGAUAUCGUGGACGAGAGUGAUGAGAACUUCAGUGUCAAGUUCGAGCUAAUCUACACCAUGGGUAUGCAGCGACCUGUCGAGUUCGGUCCAGACCGGUGGAUCCUUAUCCAGCAGGUUUUGGAUUUGUUGAGGGAGUAUGCGCCGAGCGUACGAGUGGAGCUCCCGCUUUCUAUCGUGGUUGAUCAACGCCAGAAAGCAGGCUUCCCCAGAACUCGGCUCCUCCGACCCGAUGCCAAGGAGCUCCUAAUUGGCCGUAUUUCGGAGCACAUUUGCGAGAAGGGACUCAAAGGCUUCCCUAUUGCGAGGCAGCCGCAGCCGGUCAGGCAAGCCGUUCUCAGGUAUAUCACCGAGCCAAACCUCACCCAGGCUGAGAUCGACCAGGCCGAAAGGGUUGGGCCGGAUGGCUUUUGGACCGACGCGACGAGCAGCUCCCUCCUCCUUCUCCGGGGUCUCCCUGUCACGAAGCUCGCGGUGCCUUUUCGCGCCAAAGACAGUCCAUGCCCCCGGUCAGAGUUCAGCCAUCCUGACGUCGCCAUCGUCUUAACCUGCCUGACCUAUUACUACCGCGGGUUGGAUAACGAGGAGCUAUACACGUUGUUCAACCACCUUACAAACUCGGACCAGGCCGACGACGAAUAUCUCACAUGGGUCAAGGAUGCGCCACAUCUGGCAUCGGCCUUCCAUCAACUGGCUUGCAUAAAUCUCAGGGAUCGCUGGCAGUGCGUCAACCAGGUAUUUCCUCCUCUCCGCUACUCCAAGGCGGCAAUAGACUACUUCCUGUCGAACAUCAUAUUCUCCAAGGAGAUGCGAGAAUUCCCACACAAGCUAUCCGCCUCGGGCUGGGACAUCGGCCGGAUCAAGACCAACCCAACGGCCGGCUUCAGUGGCACGAACGACUCCCGCAUGCUCCUUCCGCUUAGCGUGAAGCACCUUGACCUGCCCGAGCAGAGCCACACCAACGCCCUGGUCCUGGAAUAUCUGCUCCAGCCAGAGAACUCGGUUGCUCUCAUGCCGGAAGGGGCUUCCGGGUCGGAAGCAGAGGCCCUUUUGACCAUGGUCACACGGAUGGAGCCGCGCACACGAGUAAUCCUCGAUGUCGGAGCUCAGAUCCUCGAGAUGAGCAACAUCGAGGUUGCGGAGGAGUGGCUGAAGAUGACGCAUGACCACGACACGACGCAGGCCGUGGUUUUCUUCAAUGAAGCCGACGAGCUAUCUGUCAUUGAUCGCAAUGGCCGCGUUGAAUGCUUGCGGACGUCAUCAUUUGCCGGACAGCUCGACCUGUGUCUUGUGUUCCUGGACGAGGCUCACACGAGAGGAACGGAUCUGAAGCUUCCGGACAGUUACCGGGCUGCCGUCACUCUGGGCGCAAAUUUGACAAAGGACAGGCUGGUUCAGGCAUGUAUGAGAAUGAGAAAGCUUGGCAAGGGGCAGUCGGUCGUCUUCUGUGUCCCGCAGGAGAUGAACACCAAGAUUCUGGCACUGAAGGCCGAUGCUGGCGAUUCGAACAUCGACGUGUACGACAUCCUCUGCUGGGUCGUUUCCGAGACCUUUAACGACAUACGGCGGAGCAUGCCGCUGUGGGCGACGCAGAGCCGGAGAUUUGAGCACCAGAAGUCGCUCUGGGCCGAGGUUCAGUAUGAAAAACCGGAAAACUUAUUGAUCGAUCAGGCCAAGAAGUUCCUCGAAGACGAUGCUCAGACCCUGGAUGACAAGUAUGGACCACGUUCCGGCGCUGGUGCGACUAUCGAAACGCAACAGGAGCAGACCGAGAAUCUGGCCCUCAUCACGCAGCGCUGUCGCGAGUUCAGGGAUCCAAAUGUCGCCGCCACCAACCUCGACGAGGAGCAGGAGCAGGAGCGCGAAGUUGAUCCGGAGGUUGAACAGGAACGCCAUGCCGAACGGCCGCCCGCCGCCUCCCCGGCGGAACACGAUCUCCACCCCGACGUGGUCCUCUUCGCCUCCGAAGGUAUCCUCAUCUACCCUUCCACCGCAUACAUGCCCGCCUUCAGAGCUAUGAGUGACACCAGCGCCGCCGAGCACUUUGACGUGUCGCAGUUUGGCGGCGGCCUCCUCACCGUCUCGUCUUACGUCUCGGACGCGUAUCAGCGCCCGGUGCAGUGGAUCCUCACCACCAGCCUCAAGGACAUGAUGGUCAUCAGCCCGUAUGAGGCUCAGGAACUGCUGCCAAUCGUGGCCAGGUCCCAGACGACGGCGCUGCACCUCUACGCGCCAAGGCCGAACCUGUCGUUCCGCCCGCUCGACGGCCUGGACCUGUUCACCGUCCCGCAGCGGACGCGGCCACUGAUCCCGCCCCGCCGGCUCGUUGUGCAGCUGAACCUGUUCGCGGGACAGCUGUACCUGGACUCGUUCGCCGCGUACGUCGAGGUGUGCAAGUUUCUCGGCCUUGCGUGGGAGGAGGACGGGACCGCGGCGGAGGGGAGCGUCGUAGCCGCGGACGGGUUUAUCGUCCAUGGGACUGGGACUGGGACUGGGAACGGACCUGUAAGCAGGUUCGCCGGCAGCCCGGUGAAGUUCCUCAAGAUGCUCAUGACGAGAAUACGGAGGGACUGUAGGGGGAUCGAUAAGACGCAUCUGGGCGCCAUUUUGGAUGGGAGGCUGCUUCGUCGGUCUUAUUUUGAGGAUCUGGAGUAA